GGCAAGGCGAUGCCACGAAAAAACCUUGCAAAAAUGGCCGCUGCUCUCGACGCCUGCAUAGAGCUUCACAAGAUUGGCGAACUUGAUGAUAAUCUCUUGCCCGUCCGCAACUUAUCAGAUGAUGAAAGUGAAUCGGAAGAAGAGGACGAUGAGUCUCCUGGAAAGAAACGAAAGAAGGCAGGAACAAAGAAACGAAAGCAAACUUAUGAAAGGAAGGUAAGGAUAAUCCAGGGUAAACUCCUCCGCUAACCCCAAAUAACACGGUUGUGAUGCGGAAAUUUUUUUCAGCGCAUAAUAUACGGAACUGUGUAACCUGCCCACAACAUUUGCUAAUAAGGAGUUAACGCAACCACGAUGCAUUCGCGUUCUUGAAAGUUUUAUGGCGAUUAAUUUAUGUCGUUCAAUUUGUCAAAUGCAUGCAAAUUUUCCAGGAGUAAAAUCCUUUGGAGUUCAUUUAGGUUUAAACAGAGAAAGAAAAUGUUAUCGUCGUUUGCCAGGUCCUCUGUUAACUUACUGGGAAAUUUCGCGUCGUAUUCGUGCAGUGACAGCAUAGAAAAUGUGAUGCUCGUACUGAGUUGUUCUUUUGCUUCUUAAACAUAUUGCUUUUCUCCCAAUCCUAAUAUCGUCGCCGUCGUGGUUGCUCAAACUCCAUUUUGAAGCACCUACAGAAACACAUAGCACUUAUCCGCAGGGGUUUGGGAUUUAAAUCUUGGUCGGACCAAACUCUGGGUUAUAAACGGUUAGAAUUUAAAGUUACUGGGCUGAGCACUUAGAACGGACAGUCCCUUUUCAGCUUCAAAACUGGCUGCGUAGCAAGCACUUCGCUCGAGUUAUUGCGCGAAAGUUGGUACUAGAGCAAAAAGGGAGGGAAGGGGAGAAAAGGGAAUUGUUAGGUUUGAGUCGCAAGCGUUUUCUUUUCCCCCCUUCCCCUCCCCCACCUUCCAUUUUUUUUUACCCCCGUUCCAACUUUCGGGCAACUAAGCUCGAGCGGAAACGCUUUCCUUUCAGGCAUGUGAGAUGGAGGAGAAAAGAUCAACAUUGAAGAGCUGAUGGUGGUCGUCGCCUUUUUAAGGGAACGUAGCAUGUCUUUCUCGUAUGCGCCAUGGUACGACUCACUUUCAUCAUAUUUGUACACACUGAUUCUUUCUUUUUUUUAUUGCUUAACUAGGUCCCUCAGGUAUUCAGGGGUAGCUUGCCGCAGGAGAAUCUGCCCCACUAUCUCACAGCUAUCACUAUAACCAUCACCAAACUCACUAACCAACAGGCCCUUGACGUGAGCCAGCGAUACUUUAAAGAUGGUUUCUGCCACCUGUUUGGUUUAUUGACGAAUGUUCCAAUUCCAGCGGUUAGUUCUAGUUCAAUCAGAUGUUAGCUUUGAUAGUUGGCUGCUGACGCUUUUGCUCUCGGGUAAAACUUUAAUCCUUUACCUCUCAAGAGAGUCUAAAAGCCUGAAAAAAUGGCGUCAAAUUUCAUUUUCGAAACAAUUAAUGACAGAUAAAUAGUACAGCGUGAAAGUAAUGUCACACAAAUUUUUCAUUUUGAUUUAAGUAGUUACAGCCUAACUCAUCAAGAAUUCACAGUUUGAAGCUGGCAAUGAAAUGGUGCAACUGAAUUUAAUAUUACGCGUUACUUCACGUAAACAUUACGAUCAUGAAUAUACGGGUUAAACUAGAACAACCUUAUUGAUUGAUUGACCGAUUGAUUGGCGGACUGAUUAUUGAUUCAAUUAUAAUUGAUUAAUUGGCGUUUUUUAUUUAAAUCCAAAGGUGAGAUCAUUCAAACUUUAUCCCGACUAUGGAGAAGUUACAGUAACAAUAAAAUGUCACAAGUCACCACUGCGGACAAGGAUUGCAAGACAAGACUUGACAACUAUUACAAAAUUCCACUGUUUGUUGUUCAGCCAAGUUCUUCGCGAGCCCGUGGAAUUCAGACCCAGAGGGUCCGACGGCAGUAAAGAUGGUUAUUUGGUAGUUUUAAUGAAACCUAAUGGAUGUGAAGUGGACUAUGAUUCUAUGCGCCAUGCUUUAACAAGGCAAACUUCACUGGAGCGGUCAACCGGUGAAUCCAGCAGGAUUGAAGUUGACAUGGUAGUCUCGCAAAAUUACUUGGAGUCUCGACAAAAAUUUGCAGUUUUCAGAGUACGCCAUGAUCUGAGUCCUACGUCACCCUUCCCAGACAAAUCUAAAGCCAAAACGUAUGAAGGCUACUUCCGAGAGCAUUACGGAAAGUCUUUUACAACCAUGAAACAGCCUCUCAUUGAAGUAAAAGACAUUUCUGGAAGGGUCAAUUUCCUGGUGUACAGAAAGGUGGCAGCCAAGAGCAAGCGCGACGUUAUUGGUCUUUUCCCCGAACUAUGUAACGUACUGCCUAUUUCUGCUUCCUGUCUCAGUGUGUCUCUGAUGCUGCCGUCAAUUUUACACCGUGUGAACGCGCUCCUGCUUGUUGGUGAUGUCAAGGAAAUGGUCACUGGAGUGCCUGACAUCACAGAUGAAUCUAGCCUCCCUUCAAUUGGUGCUGGUGAUGCUAACGACGAAAAGACUUUAAUCCGCAAUGACAAGGACAGCUUCUCAUCGAAGAUGGACGUGGGUCAUGAGGAUUAUAGUGAUGACAGUGAUGACGAUGUUGAUGACUUUCCAGAGCUGUUUUCAGAUUUAAAAUCAAUGUUCAGUGGAAAGCGAAGGGCUGCUGUUCAUCCGGACUCCGCAUUUGUGCUUCAAGCUUUGACCACCACCCACAGCGGAGACGCCUUUAAUCUGGAAAGGCUCGAGAUGCUUGGAGACGCUUUCCUAAAGCUGGCGGUUUCACUUCACCUCUAUUGCACCUACCAUGAUAAAGAUGAAGGGAAACUGACGCAGCGCAAGAAAAGACAGAUCAGCAAUUUGGCGCUGUUUCAAGCGGCUGAAAGAACCUCUUUAGCAGGGUAUCAACAGAGCACGCAACUUGCACGUGAUGUAUGGUGUCCUACGGGAUGUCAGUACGGUAGCGCUGAAUCAGAUGUUGUGACGUCUAGUUCAGAAGCUACAGAAAUGGAAGGUCAUGAUGACGGUAACGCUGAAGAGCAGGGCUUUGGAAGCAGGCAAGACAAGUACAACACUCAGGUCAUAUCAGACAAAUCUGUUGCUGACAGCAUGGAAGCUCUCAUUGGAGCGCAUUUGAUUUGUUGUGGUUACACCGGAGCACUUCGUUUCAUGAAGUUCCUGGGUCUUAAGGUCCUUCCUACGGAUGAUGGCAUCAACGCUGACAUUGGUAAGCUCGCUGAGAAGAGAAGAGGAGGGUGUUAUGCCAGAUUUUGGCCUGAGCAGGAAAACAAGCCAGAAGCUCCCCAAAGCCAAGAUAUGGUGGCACGGAUGGUCUCUGGCUUGGAGAAUUUUGAGCACUCCAUUAAGUACACUUUCAAUUCCAAAUUGUAUCUGGUAGAAGCUUUGACACAUGCCUCGUAUCACCCUAACCGCGUCACGCCCUGUUAUCAAAGAUUGGAGUUCCUUGGAGACGCCUUGUUGGAUUUCCUGGUAACACAACACCUAUAUUUCCGUCACGAAGAAUUGUCACCCGGUGAGCUGACGGAUAUUCGCCAGGCUUUGGUGAAUAACAACAUCUUUGCAACCAUUGCUGUGAAAUACGAGUAUAACAAGUAUUUGAAGGAGAUGUCUCCGGAUUGGUUUAGAUCUAUCGACAAUUUUAUUACUAGAUUGGAAGACAAGAAAGAAGAGAAUACUAAUCCGGUAGGUAGGACUUAAAGUCUUUUUGUACCUUUAAUGGAGGUUGACAUUCUCUUUGCUGCUUUUUUAGUGUUUAUGUUUUUUAGCCGCCAUAAAAAAAACGUUCAGAGAACACCGGGUACCAGCAUGAGGAGCUGUGUUUUGUGUGGUCGUUUGGGUAAUCAAUACAAGCAACAGCUACCAAUCACAGCACAUGUUGGCUGCCUAAACAAUUGCAGACAUCGUAGCAGGGAAAACAGAUUGUCAGGUUCCCAAACAUUUCUAGACGGGAAAAUGUUGUUCUUUCACAUGUUACUGGCCCCAGUUUUGCUGGCCAGGAAUGAGUUCAAAAAUAAUUGCGAGACGGUACCAUGAUCUUUCGUUUGUGAUCCGCCCCCUCCCCAUGGUAAAAGUUGCUAGCAAUACAAGAGCAUGUUCAAAAAUUGGAGGAACAACUUCCAAUGAAGGGGUGGGAUGGGGUAAGUGUAGUGUCUCACAGUUGUGUGACUAGCAGCAAAGGUCGAAGUUCCGUCAGAGCGUAUCAACACUUGGCUCCGCGAGGUGAGAGGUUUUUCUGCGGGAGCUUCUGCUCUCCCUCCCUUCAAAAACCUUCACCACCAAAGGUCCACUUUAUCUCCGUUCUAGAUGACUGAAUAGGCCAUUAGCACGUAGGCGGCAUUAAGCUGCGGCCAGGCUAUCAGGAUCCUUCAGAGUUUUUUCUUGUCCAAGUUACGACUAGGUAAACUAAGUAUGGCAAAUGAGGUACAGGUGACAAAAGGUAGUGUAGUAGUUAAAGGAGACUGAAACAUCUUUAUCCGAGAUUCCAUUGUUCAUAUUUUUCGGGUUCCUGGUGAAUCUUUUGUGUUCAUUAAGCAAAGCGAAAAGAGACGCUGGGAUUUUCUUUGUAUUUCACAGGGGAUUGCAGAUCCAUUUAUCAUCGUAUCUGAACAAGACGAAGAAGGGAUCGAAGCUCCCAAGGUUCUGGGUGAUAUUUUUGAGUCCGUGGCUGGUGCAGUGUUUUUGGACAGCGGUAUGGAUUUCACCAAGGUCUGGGGAGUGUACUACCGCAUGAUGCAACCUUACAUCGGUACGACAUCAUUUUUCAAAGUUAGAUAAUGCCCCCUACUGGUGUACGGGCAUGGUCACCCGAGCCCUAAAGGACUAGUCCCCGUUAAGUAUUAGCAAAGACGGUACCUCCUUUCUCGGUAUUUAAAGACCUUGAUGUAUAUAAUCAGAUGUUGAUGAUUUGAGGAUUGAACGAACGACCUUCUCCCAAAAAAUUGGGGGAUGGGCGGUGGGAGGGGGGGAGGGGGGUACAAUUUGUGGAUUGGCUCCGUUCAGGAUGUUUCACUCUAAUAUGACGGCUAUUUGUUAGAGUAUUACAGCGGUCGCGCUACCUACCCACAAUAUGGAGGGCACCAUUUUUUAGACAAAGGAUAAGUCUUUGUCGUUUUUGAAAAUUGUCAGUGUGCGUGCAUGUACGUUAAUAACAGGGAGCUCUCUUUAAGGGUUGAAACGAAUUUAAGCGGUGCCACAAAUUUUCUGACGAGCGUCCAUCAUUUUAUAGUGGUUUCUCCCGGGAAGAUCCUGCUCUUGAGACCCGCGCCUUACCAACUAAGCUUACAGUGUUGUGGUUUGAAAACUCAUUUCUCAAAGUUCCCGUCUCAUGAUAAAUAAAAACUGUUACUGUUAACUUGACCAUUUCGAUACUUUUGCAUGUUACCAUGGUCAAACUCAUUCAACAGGUUGCAACAUGAACUAUUACCAUUCUCACUAUAUUAAAGAAAUAAGUGUUUGUUCUUUGUCAGACCAAUACUCUGAAAGCAUACCGAUCAAUCCCAUCAGGCGCGUGUACGAAGAGGACAACCAACUGAAAUUUAGGUACGUGAGUGAAAAAUAUACAUAUUCCCGUGUAGGAUAUACGAGGUCCUGAAAAAAGGACUUGUUGCUCUCAACUCACACUGUUCGUUUUGGAGGCUUUUACAGUUUUCUCUCUUUUGCAUGAGUUUUUCAAAAGUACAUUCAAAAGUGCAUUUCCGAGUUUGAGGAUGACCUACUCCAAAAUGUCAAAGCAUCAACCACUGUCACCCAAAGUUACGAAAAUAUAUUUAUACGGACGGAAGGUUAUAAGUGUGUUCAAUCAUUAGUGGCCAAAAAUAAUUAACCAAAUGUGUUGAGAAGAAAAGAUACUGUAAUACUAGAAACAAAGAGAGAGAAUCACCUUCACUGAGAUAUUGAUUCCAGAUUAGUUUCAUCGGCAGCAGACAAAAACGGGUAUUUACAUAGAGGCAAUACCCUGAAAGUUGCUUACAAGUUGGCACUAACAAUAACUAGUUUUUCUAGGGCUGCGACCCCAGACAAUCUUUAAAGGACUGCCCUCAUCACAUGGAUGGUCGCAGAAGACAAACUACAAACUGUGUAGUUUGUAACAAAAACAAUCCUUUAAGGGAUGCUGUUUCCUUAAUCAUUUAUCAACUGAGUUGACAAGGAAAAUUGACCAUUGUAAUUCUAGAAACAAAGCGACGGAGAAUCAACCACACUUAGCCGACAUUGACUGAAGACUAGGUACAUCAUCAGCAACCUUUUCAACGACUGUUGACCUCAGAGACAGGCGAACUCAUUUAUAUAAUUUCUGUUUAUAUCUUUAGCAAAGCCGAAGUUCUUGCCGAUGGAAGAGUCAUGUGUACUUUGAAAGUUCGCUGGGGUAAGUUCGUUGGUUAUGGCAAAAACUCCAGAAUUGCCAAGGCAACCGCUGCGAAGCUGGCAGUGCAGGCGCUGGACAAGAACAAGUUAAGGAAGUAGUUAAUCAAGGGAAUAAAUAUCACCGUGGUAACGUUUGCAGACAGAAACCGUUCAAGACAAGAAUUUAAAAGUUUACAGUUCAGCCUCAAAGGAAGGCUCGCUGGCUUUUAUUAACUAUAAUAAGCUAGACUAGAAGUUUAUCCGGAUUUUAAGUUUAAAAUUUUGCUGAUAGUUUAAAUUUACCGGAUAGAUGAAUCAACACAAGUUUAUAAUGUAUAUUUUUUCGCUGUAUAAUUAGAUUUCCGUCUCGAUAUAUUUUUCUCUUACCAUAAAAGACUUCUAACACGUUUUAUCAGUUUGAUACAAUAUUUGCUUAUCCUCCCAUAAACUGCGAAUAGUCAAAAGCUUAAAGGCAACGGAAGCCUUCCAAAGGAUAUAUAAAAAAGAUGUGUUUAUCUAAUUGUACAGCUGCACUCGCUGAAAAACUGACCAAAGUAUCAAAAUUGUUGGAUAGCGUUGAAUUCCCUUUACAGUAAUUACGUCCAAAAUGUCCAAAAAUGCACAAUAUUUUACCCCACUGCUCAGGAAACUUGAAAUCAUAAUUUGUCUAAUGUAGCGAUGAUGACACAAUUAGCAAUGCUGUCAGGGGGUUGAUUUUCAAGGUGAAUCCAAAACUUGAAAAUGUUCAUUGUUAUUUGUAAAUUGAGAGAUACCAUUUGAUACCAGAGUGAAUAUGUACAAUGCACUGGUAAUGUUAUAUUUUAAUUACUGUAGUGCUGUAUGGGGCGAUAUCAAUAUAAAGAAAUUAGCAGACAAACUUCAAAAGAUGCAGAAUAGGGCUGCUCGAAUUCUCACCUUUUCCAGCUAUGAUGUUCGCUCAAGUGUUUUGUUGGAUGAUGAGCUUGGUUCGGAAAGGUUGGAAAAUGUGAUACUUAAACAGUUGGCUGUGAUAAUGUAUAAAAUCCAUAAUGAUCUUUCCUCAUCGUAUCUGAGGCGAGUCUUUACCAGCACCUCAAAUAUACACACACAAUCUUCGAAAUUCCGAGUUAAAUUAUUAUGUUUCCAGACCCAGAACUGAGUCUGCAAAAGGGAGCCUACACUACAGAGGAUCUCUUCUGUGGAACAGGAUUCCCUCAGAGAUUAGAAAAUUGCCUAUCUUAAAUGUUUUUAAAACUUCAUUUCAUGGGAAAAAUUAUUUUACUAGUAAUAAUACAGUUUUUUGUAUUUUUUUAACUUUAUAGUCAAGUAGUUCCUUAG